AUGCAGGGCGCAACGGGGCGAGACCGUCUGCCGGCCCGGUCGGCGUGCUGCUGGCUGCUACAGGUGUCGUUUUUUAUUAUAUGGGGUUCAACAGUUGUUUCAGCUGCUGGCUUGGGCGAGAUUUCGUACCGGUCUACCGAACAGCACCCGCAACAAAAGAGGAACCAUAAUUCAUUCAGGGCUGUACCGACACCUCAGGAGCUCAUUGUGAGUGUAAGCUACUUGGGUGACGGUUUGUCGUUUUUCAUGGGGAGCCUGCGCCAUUUAUGCCCCGAAGUUGCGGUGGAACGUUUUGGUAGUGCUCGGACAACGCCGGCUGUGGUAGCUUUUUCUCAUAAGUACCUCCUGGAGGAGACGCCUUCUCAACAUUUUCACAGCACAGCAAGCUAUGUCAGGGGGGUUCUCAAGCAUAUCGUCCAAGCGGAAAACGACCCGCGACUCGUAAAUAAGCUAGUGAACGCCAUGACCGAGGUUGAAAACGUGGUGAAGCUUUUCAUGAGCUCUGUUGCAUUUGGAUUUUCUUCUAACGAUAUCACGGCUCUCUACGACGUCGUGCGUAGAAGUCUCCCUGAGACUAAAGGUAUAGUGAUGCAGUUUUUGUCUUUGGUGAGUUGGGUAUCACCCAAGGAACGGAGCCGUUUUAAUCGUUCCCUUCUUUUCCUGCAAGAUGCUGUGGCAGGGUUCAGGACCAUGGAAGAGCAUGUUGUGUCUCUUAUAUCUGCUGAGGCACAUACAGCAGAAGAACCUCUGUUCCUGCAGUUACACCAAAAGGAAUCUUCCACGGAGAGGGUGGUAGUGAGAGGCGGGAUGAAAACGCUACAAUCUCGGAACACAUCCGGAGGCAAGUCUCGGCUGUGGCUGCGGCUAGUUGGAGUAGCCGCUGCUGCCGCGCUCGCGGCGUUUAUCUUGAUACAGAGGAGGGGACGCUACAGCGCUUUGUUCUCAAGAUUCCGCAAACCGCCGGAUAAUGGUGGGGACCAGGGAGGCACUGGAAAAUUUGAAAACAGAACAGAACCGUCAGAUACAGCUGAUGUAUAUGGAGAGGCGCCGCCGCCAUCCUCUCCGCCCAUGUAUCCAUAUGACGCCCACAACGUCCGAUGGGUGCCAACUGACAACCCCACAAGCUCUCCUGAAGGACGUCGUGCAAGCCCGUCUGCUCCACUCGACCCUGAAUGGGCAGCAUACUUGGGUACCUCAGGUAACUCGGUCUACUAA